AUGCAGACAGAUCUGCUGGAGGAUCUGGGCUUUGAGAAGGAGCACGGCUGUGCCAUGCUGUCGCGCAUCCCACAGGACUUUCCAAAAGAUGCGGAAGUUGGUCAGAAGAUGCAGAUGUGGAAGACGAAAGCCUCACAAACUUGCAUGGCGGCCCUGAAAGCACACCAGGCUGGUGGAGGCGAGUUGCUGAAGAUGCCCAUGAUGCCACAGCUGGACAAGGAAUUUGCCGAGGAGAUGGAAACCUUCGGGUCCCAGGCAAGGGAAGAGAUCUCCAAAAUGUCCGAAGAACAGAAAAGAUCUUUCAUGGACGAAAAGACUCUUAAGAAAAUGCAGGUCUUCCAGAAGCUCCCGCCAGACGGCAGGAUGGGCUAUGUGAAGCGGCUGGCAAAUGACGAGAAGCUUGAGUUUGUCAAGACGCAGAUGAUUGCGGCUGAUUUGAUGAAACGGCAAUACCAGGAGCAGCAGAGCGCCCAAGCGCCGACGGCCUGCACCAUGGAUGAGGGUCCUUCCAAAGCUCCGGCGCAGGAGCAGAUGAUGUGA